AUGACGACGCCAACAGGCAAUGGCGACGUGCCUGCGCCUGAUGCAGCUGCAGCUGUCGUAUCCAAACCAAAGCGCGUCCGCACCGGCUGUUUGACGUGUCGCGAGCGCCAUCUCAAGUGCGACGAGGGAGCUCCCAUCUGCCAGAACUGUCGAAAGUCCAACCGCCAAUGUAAACGUGGUCUGCGUCUCAACUUCAUCGACACAAAUUGUCAAGGUCCGCCGCAGAAGGCUCCCACGCUGGAAUGGAAAGUAGACUUCAUGGACGAGUCUCGCGAUAUUGCUUCUGAGUAUGUUGGAGGGUUGGAGAAGUACGGCGCAAAGGAUGCGCGCCCUUCGCGGCCUUCCAUCGCUCAAGCACAUGCUCAAGCGCAAGCUCAUGCUCAGGCACAAGCUCAUGCCCAAGCACAAACUCAAGGGAACCCUCCAACUGAUCCAAACAUGUCAUAUCAAGCGCUGCCGCCGAUUCAGGGUAUGCUACCUGAAUCAUAUCCAUCGGCAGACGAUCACAAGUACGGCGCGUAUAAUACAUCCAAUCAUGCCACUCAAGACUCUCCGUUCGCGAAUCAACAACAGAGAAAUUCGAUAUCAGCCUACAGCCAACAGCAAGACCAAGACGAGACCACUGAGGGAAGACGUGAAUUUCUUACAACCCAAGAGGAGACUCUGUUCAUGCAAGUCUUCGUCGAAGAAGUCGGUCUCUGGAUGGACAGCAUGGAUCCUAUGAAACAUUUCUCACGCUUGCUACCCUUCCAUUCGCUAGGCGAGCCUAUGCUGUUGAAUGCCUUCUUAGCAUGCGGUGCUCGUCAUCUAGUGCUUGUUAACUCUGCGUACAGUGAAGAAAAGGCUCUGCACUACUACGACACUGCAACCAGAUAUCUGCUGAAGAACCUCCAGAAUCCUAAUCGUGACACCAUCGUCUGUGCUACUACUGCCGUCAUUUUGAAUGUCUACGAGAUUAUGAGCGAGCGAGCAUUGCAGAGAAUGAACCACAUUGCUGGCGCCCGUGCUCUCAUCAAAGAGUGUGGAUGGAACGCCCGUUCUCAAGGCAUUGGUGCGGCUUGUUUCUGGCUCAAUGUUGGGCUCGAAGUCCUAAGUUGUUUGCACUUCAAUUGGCAGGUCGCUUGGGAUCCCGAUGACUGGGGUAUUGAUAUGGACUUCAAUCGCGAGAUUCACAACGGUCGAGAAGAAAUCUGGACUCACCGUAUGCUAUACAUCGUCGCAAAAGUCGCGAACUUUAGAGCCACCAUACCUCGGCAUCAGGAAUCGGAUCAGCGUGACGAGGAAAUGCGUCGUCAAAACAGGUAUGCUGAAUGGCAAAAGCUGAAGUCAUGGACCGAUGCCUGGAACGACAAUAUUCCCCGUACCAUGCAUCCUAUGGCCUAUCUCUACCCUCAGCACACCUCGUCCAAGUCAUGUUUCCCAGAGGUGUGGUUGAUCAAACGUACAACGAUUGUUGCUCGUCUGUUCUAUCACACUGUCAUGGUUCUUCUUUCGCAAAUACAUCCCUACUUUGGUCUGGACAAUCCCGAAAUGCACGACAUGCAGCAUCGCCAUUCACAGAUGAUUUGUGGCAUCACUGCUCAUGUCAAGGAUAGGGGAGUCGCAAGUGUAGCUAUCCGUUCUUUGGCGCAUGCUGCUGAGUGCUUGACCGAUCGACGUGAGCAGGAAGAAGUGCUCCAAAUCUUCCAGAAAAUCAACAAGGAAACAGGAUGGCGUAUCGCCUUCGUGUUCAAAGAACUCAAGGAGAAAUGGGGCUGGCAAGACGAACCACAGCCGCCACCCCAGCCCAUCGCUCCAGUCCAUUCCACGUCUCUGCUUACGAGCCCUGUGCCAAUGCAACAGCCGUACGGGCAGUAUUCAACUAACAUCACGCCCGUUGCUGCACCUGCGCCUACACAGACUCCAGCAGCUUCGCGCCGACCUCCUGCUGGCAUGGUCAACCCCAUGUUCGCCAAUGCCGAUUUCACCAUGCCAUCACAUCCUUAUCAGAACGUUUAUGUGGCACCAAAUCCCGUUACUAACCAAUCUGCACUGUAUUAUCAGGCCUAG